GGUUAAAAUCUAACCCUUCUUCCCAACACAAAAAUAAAAAUCCUUAUCCUCUCUUGUAUAUGUCUUUCACUUCACUUUCUCUCUCUUCAGCUCCAACCUCUCUGCUCCCUAUAAGCUUCGUUAAUGGCGUUUCAGAUCUAAAAACGAACUCAAAAGCUUAACAAAACGCAAAUUUCAGCGAAACCAAACAGCAAAAAAAGAGAAUUUUUUUCAUCUUUUCAAUCAAAAGGUUUCAUUUUUGUGUGUGUUUUGUUUUCCUUUUCGAUUUUUCAUUAAUGCAGAAGAAAAUGGCGUAUUCGUUCCCAGAUGAGGUGCUGGAGCAUGUCUUCUCGUUCAUACAAUCAGAUAAAGACCGAAACGCGGUAUCGAUGGUGUGCAAAUCGUGGUACGAGAUCGAACGGUGGUGUCGGAGGAAGAUAUUCAUCGGGAACUGUUACGCUGUGAGCCCUAGGAUUGUGAUCAGACGGUUCCCGGAAAUUAGAUCCGUCGAACUGAAAGGGAAACCGCACUUUGCGGAUUUCAAUCUGGUACCGGAAGGUUGGGGUGGUUACAUCCUUCCGUGGAUCGUGGAGAUGGCCGGCGCCUAUCCAUGGCUCGAAGAGAUUCGGCUUAAACGGAUGGUCGUCACGGAUGAAAGUUUGGAGCUUAUUGCUAAGUCGUUUAAGAAUUUCAAAGUGUUGGUGCUUUCUUUUUGCGAAGGGUUCUCAACUGAUGGACUCGCUGCCAUUGCUGCUAGUUGCAAGAAUCUGAAAGAGCUGGACUUGCGAGAGAGUGAAGUGGAUGAUUUGAGUGGGCAUUGGCUCAGCCAUUUUCCUGAGACGUACACAUCCCUGGUGUCUCUUAAUAUUUCUUGCUUAGGAUCUGAUGAAGUUAGCUUCUCAGCCUUAGAGCGUUUGGUAGGUAGAUGUCCCAACCUGAGGACGCUUCAGCUCAACCGUGCAGUGCCUCUUGAUAAAAUUGCCACUAUAUUACGUCGUGCACCACAGCUUGUUGAAUUUGGCACUGGUACCUAUGCAGCUGAGCUUCGACCAGAUGUCUUCUCAAAUUUGGCUGGAGCUUUUUCUAGUUGCAAAGAACUGAGGAGCUUGUCUGGGUUUUGGGAUGUGGUCCCAGCUUACCUUCCAGCUAUUUACUCUGUCUGUUCUAGAAUAUCGUCAUUAAACUUGAGCUACGCUACUAUACAAAGUCAUGAUCUUAUAAAGCUUGUAUGCCACUGUCCAAGUUUGCAGCGCCUAUUGGUACUUGAUUACAUUGAAGAUAGUGGCCUUGAAGCACUUGCAUCUAGUUGCAAGGACCUACAGGAAUUACGGGUGUUUCCAUCUGAUCCAUUUGGUGCAGAACCAAAUGUAUCCUUGACAGAACAGGGCCUUGUCGCCGUUUCUUUGGGUUGUCCUAAGCUGCAGUCAGUUUUGUACUUCUGCCACCAAAUGACUAAUUCUGCCUUGGUCAAUAUUGCCCAGAACCGUCCAAACUUGACCCGUUUUCGACUUUGUAUAAUUGCGCCAAGAAAACCUGAUUAUGUGACCCUUGAGCCACUUGAUGUUGGUUUUGGAGCCAUUGUACAGCAUUGCAAGGAUCUCAGGCGCCUUUCCCUUUCUGGUCUUCUCACUGAUCGUGUGUUUGAAUAUAUUGGGACAUAUGCUAAAAAGCUAGAGAUGCUGUCUGUGGCUUUUGCAGGAGAUAGUGAUUUGGGACUCCAUCAUGUGCUUUCUGGGUGUGAAAGCCUCCGGAAACUGGAGAUUAGGGACUGUUCCUUUGGGGACAAGGCUCUUUUGGCCAAUGCUGCAAAGCUGGAGACAAUGCGAUCCCUUUGGAUGUCUUCUUGCUCUGUGAGUUUCGGAGCAUGUAAGCUGCUAGGUCAGAAGAUGCCCAGGUUGAAUGUGGAAGUUAUAGAUGAGAGGGGACCUCCAGAUUCAAGACCAGAAAGCUGCCCAGUUGAGAAGCUCUACAUAUAUAGGUCUGUUGCUGGGCCAAGAUUUGACAUGCCUCCAUUUGUUUGGACGAUGGAUGAUGAAGAUUCUGCAUUGAGGCUUUCUUGAGAGAUCCCCUGUGAAUUUAGGUAACAUAUUAAAGCUCAUUUGAUCUCAAGAAGGAUAUAUCAGGUACAUGCUCCUUAUGCUACUCAUGGUUCCCGAUUUAAUUUUAUGUAGCGUAAUAUAAUUGCAGAACUGAUUGGAGUGGGAACAUAAUUUGGAGGGUAUACAAGGCUUGAGAGCUCGAUUGCCAUUCAUUUUACUCUUGGCUGAGCUAACGGAUACCAAGUAAUGAUUAAUAAAGAGAUGAAAACUCCAGCUAUUGUGUAUUAAUCAGAGUUUUAUUUGUUUCCCCAUAGUUACCAUGUAUACUAUUUGCAGACUUCUGUAUGUUUAUGCAUUUGUGUCACCUUUUUCGGGGUAGUAAUUAUCUUGUGGACGUAAUUGUGUCAUUGUUAGCCUUUCGGAGUAAUAAAAGUUCAAAGUGUUCCAUGCAU